CAGAGUCUGAUACAAUUGUUCUGUGGUCUGAUAGCCAUUAGCAAUUAGCUUAAGCAUUUUGUCAAUAACUAACCGAACGAAAUAAACACAAUACGUUUGUGAGAUUCUAUUUAAGGUCAAGUUUAAAUAAAUUUCUUAUAAAAAUGGAUAAAAGUAAAGAAAAAGAAGAGCAGAGUAUCAUGGAUAAAUCCAUGAGAUCUGUUUUCGUUGGAAAUAUACCAUACGAAGCCACUGAGGAGAAGUUAAAAGACAUAUUCAGUGAAGUUGGCCCCGUGUUAUCAUUUAAAUUGGUGUUUGAUCGUGAGACCGGCAAACCAAAAGGUUAUGGUUUCUGUGAAUACAAAGAUCAGGAAACGGCGCUAAGCGCGAUGAGAAAUCUCAAUGGAUAUGAAAUUGGUGGUCGGUCCCUACGAGUAGAUAAUGCUUGUACAGAGAAGUCGAGAAUGGAAAUGCAAGCUCUUAUGCAAGGGCCUCAGGUUGAGAAUCCUUAUGGUGAUGCUGUGGAGCCUGAAAAAGCUCCUGAAGCUAUAAGCAAAGCUGUUGCAACAUUGCCACCGGAACAAAUGUUUGAGCUCAUGAAACAAAUGAAACUUUGUAUACAGAAUAAUCCGAACGAAGCAAGAAACAUGUUGCUACAAAAUCCACAGUUGGCAUACGCACUGUUACAAGCACAAGUUAUUAUGAGGAUUGUUGACCCGGCUACUGCUGUUACAAUGCUACAUCCAAGCAAUCCUGUGCCACCAGUACUGCAACCAGGAGAUAAACCUCCCGUCCCAUACAUUCCAAGCAAUUCAACACAGAGUCAACCACCUCCUAUGUUAAAUAAUCCACCACCGCCACCGCCUCAAAAUCAAUAUGUCCCUACAAAUCGUCCGCCGAUGCAGCAAACUAUUGGUGGAAUGGAUGUAGACUUGCGCGGUGCAAGAGCCCCCGCGCCCGUACCUCUGCUAGACCAGGAUAUGCGCAGUCUACCCCCUAUACCGCAUCCAGUGCCACCUCCCGCGCAACCUCCGCAAGAUGGUUCAUUCACUCGGGAUCCGCGUCUUGCAAGUAUGCAGGGAUUCAGCAGCGACCCACGUGUGCGAUCCAACGAUCCACGUAACCAGUCUAAGAAUCCACCGCAGCAACUGCCACCAGGAAUGCCGAGUGUGGCGCAAGCAAGAACGAUUCAAGGUAUACCGUCCGGUGCCUCGGACCAAGAAAAGGCUGCAUUGAUAAUGCAAGUGUUGCAGUUGUCAGACGAACAAAUCGCGUUGCUGCCGCCUGAACAGCGCGCAAGUAUUCUAAUGCUCAAAGAACAAAUUGCCAAGAGCACUCAGCAACGUUAAAUCGUAAUUAUUUUUAAGAUUAAACAUAAACCUUUGAUAAAUAUUCAAUAAUCCUAGGUGAUUUUAAA